CACGGUUGGUGAACGUUUGGUGUGCGUAUUCGCUGGGGGCUCCGCUUGAGAAAACGUUCUCUUCACACAAAACGGAUCCUUCGCAAAUUCGAACUGACAAGAGAAAUUGCGAUAAUUAUAAAUAGACGAUCGGCUCGUUUUACUUUCUUGACUACACUGUAUGAACGAUUCGAAUCGGUCGGGUGUUCGGUAUAUUUUUUAUUAGUACGAAAGUUACGGAGGCCCGUAAGUCAAAAAGUGUUGUGAUAGUUUUUUUUUUUAAUAUCUUCAUCCGUAAAUCGUCGAUAACGUUUAUUUUUCGCAUCUGAUCUGCUUCUGUGACAUGUAACUCGAAUAGAGUUUGGAUGUUUCUUUUGUGUAAUGAGUUUCACAAACAGACGUGGUGCUAUGGAAUUUUUAUUUAAUGUGAACAUCGGACCACCUUCAUGUUUCUGAAGACUCUUCAAUUGGCGCACGUGAUGUGGUCUUCGCAGGGGUGGAGGUGGCGCUCCCCCCUCCCCCUGGUAUUUCGGUGUCUGGCGCAAGCCCUCGCCACCGGUUUCCAUCGUUUCCUAGCAAGAUUUUCAGGUCGAAGACGGCUGCAUUUAUAUCAUCACAAAUUUCCGCCUCCCUGGGCUUUUUUGUUAUUAGUUUUAGUAUCGUCUUUAAUUAGUAUAGUAGAUGCGUGUUCUUCUCGCACAACACCAAAACCUAGGCCUCCGGCUCCUACACAUCGGCCCAACAUCACAUUCAUCACGUACCCUUGUCCGGACGAUUACGCUAGAUGGUAUUGUCUCAACGGAGCGACGUGUUUCACCGUCAAAAUCGGAGACGCUCUACUCUAUAGCUGCGAAUGCGCAGAAAGUUAUACGGGACAGAGAUGUGAAUUCAAAGAUUUAGAUGGAUCCUAUUUACCAUCACAACAAAUGUUGGAAACGGCGAGUAUAGCUGGCGGAGCAACUGUAGCCGUGUUUUCCGUAGUGAUAUUGUGCAUUGUGGUGUACCUGCACUACAAGCGUCGCUCUAAAGCGAACAGGACUGGUACUGAGUGUGUAGAUAGUAGAACGACAGCUGUGAACACUUCAACAUUCGGAGAUCGAUGGCGGACGAAUCCGCAACAGCCGUUGCCCGAUCUUCCCGUUCGAGUGCAGGAUAGGGGCGACAUGAAGGAGCAGGAUAGCAAAGUGGAGUUGCAACAAGUGACGACGCUAUGGCCCGCUCCGAACGAACCGUGAUGCGUUUUGUUAGUGCAUAGCUAGCAAUAAAAUAAUAAAAGUACUGCUAUUUAAAAGGAAUUAAAUUGAUAGUGAUGUCGGCUUUAAUAGUGCGUAUUACCUUGCUGUAAUUAGUGAAUUAACAGUGAAAUAAACCAAAUUUAUUACACCCCCUUGUAUAAAACUUUUUGUUGAUGAAAGGUAAAGGAAAAGUGAAUAGGCACUUUGUUAUAUGCAGCUUUGCUAAAUAACUUAUUUUAUUUUUUUAUUAUACAUACACUGUGCAGCUUUAUGUUCUGCAUGUCAAUAUUUUUGGCACUAAAUUAUGAGGAUAAAACAAAAGUUUGAUAUUGUAAUAUUAACGGAUUUUAUAAUUUUUUCUCAUUAGAUGUACCUGCUUUAGAUGGUUCUAAUCAGGUAUAAUUGUUGUUUUUUUUUAAAGAGGUACAAAAUUUUCCGAUAGCAACCGGUCACUCCUUGCUAGCUAUGACAAUAUUGUAAUCUCGUAGUAAGCAAAAAAAACUGUAUCCAAAAACAGUGUUAUUUGUACAGCAAGUCUGAUAUAUAUAAGUCUGAAAUAAGUUAUGUAAGUUAUUCAACAAUGUAAAUAAAUACGUAUGUAUACCUCUCCGGAGGUAUUUUAAUAAAAAGCAAUUGUAUAAAUCAGUUACGUAUGUCUAGAACUGUGCGAAUCGAAUGGUUUUAAAUUGUCAUUUUUUUACUUGUGCUAAAAAAAGUAUAUUACAUUCCCGGACAUAUUUGUUGAUUCAACCUCGCUAACACUUCGUUAUUGUUAACUUGUUAUUUUUUCUCUUCGAUUCAGAUCCAGUUGUUCGGCAAGACUCUCUUUAAGAAGUACAAAUUUCUUAUGUAAUGAAGCGCGUGAUCGCCUCAAAUGCAACGCCGCAUGCUCUUUAAGGAUUUUUUUUGUUCUAAUCGCAACUUUAAAAGGAUUUUACGAAUGAAAUGUGAAACUGAGCGAAAAUCUUUUGCUGUAAAUCUAACGUGCUUUGAUUUCAGUGCCUGUUUUGCGUUCAAAAUGGCACGGAAUUUUGGAAAAUUUCGCGAGAUAAAAACGGAAUGACUGUCGCAUAUCUGUUGUUGUUUGAGUUUUUUGAACAGGAAAAUUAACAAUGAUAAAAAUGCUACAUUCUGUUUAAUAAAUUGGGCGAUUAUCGAAUUGAAAAUUGAAAAUUUUAGGCGAAUGUUCAUUGGGUUCUUCUAAAAUUUUCCGUUCAAAUUGGAAAUUUCCACGGCAAAUGUAUUUUCUCGUUGGAGAUUCGAUGUUGAAUUGAAAGCUAAAUUACAGCAAUCGAUAAUGCUUUAGUGAACAGUCGAUUUUUAAAUAAUUGUAAAAUCUUUUUAAAAAACAAUUGCAUAGUCAAAGUAAACACGUUUUUCGAGUAAAAUUACUUGGCACUUAUUUUCCUUUCCUCUUAUUCUCUAAAUGCGCUUUGUUUUGAGGAGAAUUCAAAAAAGCUAGUUUCUUUUUUGCGAAAAAAUAAAUUGUCGACAACAACUGUCUUCUGUUGUAUAAAUGUAGAUAAUGAGUAAUUAUAUUCCAAUAAUAAAUGUGUAAGCAUUUAAUUAUUAUUGGCAAUAAUUAUGUAAUUUAGUAAUUUAAUAUUUAUAAGCACUUGGUUCCUAAUUUAUUAAAAUAACUUUUUUGUAUUGUUUUAGAGGAAAAAGAAAAUAUUUUCUACAUUCCAAAGUUGCAGGCAUCUUUUACUUGUUCUCUUUUAUAUUUUUUUAAAUUAUUCGAGUAUUCUAACAAAGCUUAUAUUUAUUGUUUUUUCCCAUUAUUUGUCUGAUGUUUGCCACUUUGGAAUAUAGCCGAUAUUGAAUUGCCAGUUUAUCAAUGUAAAAUAAUAUGCUCCAAACCAAAGCUUUAGUAUAAUUUGUACAACAUAAUUGAUAAUUUUAUGUAAUUUAUAUGUUUGGCAAAUUUCUUUUAAUUUAUCUUCAUUUUAAAUUUCUUAGGCUUUAAAAUUUCUUAUUUUUCUCUAUAUUGUUUCUCUAAAGAGAUCUUUUGCUGCCGUCUUGUUAUUUGUUCCCGAAUUUGCUUAUUAUCAAGAUUAUUAAUUUCAUAUGUACUUUUUUAAUGAUUUUGUGAAUAUUUUAACUAAAAUUGUUAAAUCAUUACGAUGCUUUAGGGUACUUCUGGUAAAAAACGAAUAAUUUACAGUGUAACCCAUCUGCCUAUCAAAUUAAUUCGAUUUUCAAUAUAUGUUGCACAAAUUUAAUCUAUCAGACUUCAAGUAUUAAUAUCAUUAAUAUAUUAAUUGUUUCUUGUAUGAAAUUUCUACCCUGCGAGCUCAGUGUAGUUUUAUAUAAUUUGGCGUCCUUUUUAUCUCCGUCUAAAAGAGUCGUGUAUAUAAUUUUCAUGAACAAAUGUUAGAAUACUUAUUUGUUUAUUAUUUUCACAUAUGUAAUAAAUUAAAAUAAAAACGAUAAUAA